AUGCCGUGGCUUAAACGCCUCAAUCCGAUGAUCAACUGGGAAACCGGUGACUUUUGGUUUGGUAAAGAUGCCAAAUGGCCACCGAAACCCACCGUCGAAGAUGCACCAAAUGAAGAAGUUUCGAUUUUCAAGGGAGAUGGACUCCCAGAGCUAAUCACCACCGAAACUUCCCCUACCUCAUUUGGGCAUUCGGAAUCUAUCAGAGAAAUCAUGACCGAUAACACUGAGCGUGGCGAGUUACCCGCAGUGCGGAAUGAUACCGAACUAGAUGACCUACCAUCAGAAUCCCCUAUGGAUCAGCUCGAUGAUGACGAUCUAGUUAUAUCCUAUAUCGCAGGAGAGCCAGUCAUUGGGAUAUUUGAACCCAUCAGGAAGGAGUCACCUUUGACGAAUGAAGAGACUGAAACCGCAGUCUUCACCAUACGAAGAGGCCCCGCCAUUGGAAGAAUGACACACAGUACUCGAUCCCCAUUAUUCUGUAACGCACAGAAUACGGUCUUUUACAAACCAUCCGGUAAAUCACAAGAAUUGGCACAACAGGCACACAAAGAAGCAUCAGCUGUAGACAAACCCAAAACUGUCGAGGAGUUGGUCCCCAACUACCUCCACGAUUUGAAGUCCGUCUUUGAAAAGAAAGCAGCUGAACGCUUUCCAGAAACCAGGCCGUGGGACCACGCCAUUGACUUGAAACCCGAUUUUAUUCCACACGACUGUAAAGUCUAUCCAUUAUCGCUCAAAGAACAAGGAGCGAUGGAUGACUUCCUGGAAGAAAAUCUGCGAAAAGGAUACAUCCGACCGUCGAAAUCUCCCAUGGCUUCACCAUUUUUCUUCGUAGGAAAGAAAGACGGAGCACUACGUCCUUGUCAGGAUUACCGAUACCUGAAUGAAGGGACGGUGAAAAACGCCUAUCCUCUUCCGCUCAUCUCUGACCUUAUGGAUCAAUUCAAAGGCGCAUCGAUCUUUACGAAAAUGGAUUUACGCUCCGGAUAUAACAAUGUCAGAAUCAAAGAUGGUGACCAAUGGAAGGGCGCAUUUAAGACAAAUCGCGGACUUUUCGAACCUAUGGUCAUGUUCUUUGGACUCUGCAACUCCCCGGCGACUUUCCAAAUGAUGAUGAACGCACUCUUCAAGGACAUGAUCGAUGAGGGAUGGAUAGUCAUUUACAUGGAUGAUAUCCUCAUCUUCUCAAACGAUUUGGAAGAACAUCACGUUCGAACCCGACACGUACUCCAACGACUCAAAGACAACGACUUAUUCCUUAAACCGGAAAAGUGUUUCUUUGAUGUUAAAGAAGUCGAAUUUCUAGGCAUGAUCAUUCGAGAAAACUACAUUGGCAUGGACCCUAUCAAACUUAAAGGAAUUGCAGAAUGGCCUGAACCAAGCACGGUAAAAGGUGUUCGCUCUUUCCUAGGGUUUGGAAACUUCUAUCGGAAGUUUAUUGCCAACUUCUCGGAUAUUGCCAAACCAUUGACGAAUCUUACGUGCACUGCCGCUGGAUCCCCACCUUUUGAAUGGACAACAGAAUGUCAGACAGCUUUCGACACAUUGAAGCAACGAUUCAGUACCGCCCCAUUUGCUACGGGUGCAGUUUUACGCCAAGCCGAUAUCAAUGGAGACCUCCAUCCUUGUGCCUACAUUUCACAGAUGCUCAAUCCAGCUGAACGGAACUACGAAAUCUACGACCGCGAACUCCUCGGAAUCAUUCGAGCCCUCACUGAAUGGCGCCAUUAUCUUGAAGGCUCUCCCCAUCCCGUCGAAGUUCGCAGUGAUCACAAGAACCUCACGUACUUCCGUACAGCUCAGAAGUUAAACCGCCGACAAGCACGAUGGAGUCUCAAAUUAUCACAAUUUGAUCUUCACCUCAUCCAUGUCCCUGGCACUCAGAUGAUCCAAUCUGAUGCGCUAUCUCGUCGUAACGGACUCGAUGACAGUGAAAGUGACAACGAAGAUCGCAUUCUUUUACCCAACACACUAUUCAUGCGAUCCAUUUCCCCGACACUAUUCGAUGAAAUCAGGAAUCACGCAGCAAAAGACCUCAUUGUUCACGAAGCCCUCGAAGCGAUUGCGCACAAAGGGCCAUUCCCCAUGAAAUCAUCGCUUUCCGACUGGGAAGUUCGCGAUGGGGUCAUCCUUUACAAGGGAAAGAUCUACGUUCCACCAUCUGAAACUCUUCGUCGUGACCUCGUUCGACUACAUCACGACUCCCCUGCCAUGGGUCACCCUGGAAAGUUCAACACUCUUGAACUGUUACGUCGUGAAUUCUGGUGGCCCGGCAUGUAUACAUUUGUCUACAAUUAUGUUGAAGGCUGUGCCGCCUGUCAACAAAUGAAACCGAACACUCAUCCAACGCGUAUUCCUUUGGAACCAAUUCCCGCCGACCCACACGCAUUACCAUUUUCCUGUUGCACCACCGAUUUUAUUACCGACCUUCCCAUUUCCAAUGGUUUUGAUUCAAUUAUGGUCGUAGUAGACCAUGACCUUACGAAGGGGGUGAUUCUUACGCCCUGCCUCAAAACGAUCACAGCCGAAGGAACAGCCAAGAUUUUUCAUGACAAAGUAUACUCGCGAUUUGGAUUACCCGACCGAAUCAUCUCGGAUAGAGGACCUCAAUACGCAUCUAAGGUCUUCCAAGAGUUAAAUCGACUACUCCAGAUCAGAUCAUCAAUGAGCACUGCUUAUCACCCUCAGAUGGACGGAGAAACUGAGCGAGUCAACCAGGAGCUGGAAAUCUAUCUUCGACUCUAUUGCGGAAACAACCCUGAAACAUGGGCCGACCGCCUGCCAGACCUCGAGUUUUGUCAUAACACAAGGGAACACUCAGCACGGAAGAUGAGCCCAUUCCGCAUCAUGAUGGGAUACGAACCACGUGGACUCCCUUCCGUAUUUCCGUCCACGAACAUUCCAUCGGUUGAAUCCAGGCUUGACAUGUUGCAGAAGAUAAGACUAGAAGCACUAGCCAUGCACGAGUUAGCCCGACAACAGAUGGCGGACCGAGUCAGACAAGGAUCGCCGAAGUUUACACUAGGACAGAAGGUCUGGCUAGACUCGAGGAACCUGAAGGUCAAUUAUGCCUCGCGCAAGAUAGCUCCAAAGCGUGAGGGGCCAUUCGAAAUUGUCGAAGUCAUCGGACCGGCCAACUAUCGUCUCAAACUCCCGAAGACCUGGCGAGUUCAUUCCGUAUUCCACGCCGCCCUUCUAUCUCCUUAUCGCGAAAACGACAUACAUGGUCCGAAUUACAUGAACCCACCACCUGAUGUCGUUGAUAACGAGGAAGAGUACGAAGUCGAAGCCAUCCUGAAUCACAAGAUGUACCGAGGUCAUCUGAGGUACUUAGUCAAGUGGAAGGGAUAUUCUUCAGCAGAAAACUCGUGGGAACCUACCCACAAUUUACACAAUGCCAAGCCAAUCCUCGAUGCAUAUGAAAGGACCAGGGGAAUCCAGUAG